AUGGCGGCGUCCGCUGCUGCUCUGUGUCUCUCCGUCCUGCUCCUCAUCGCCGUCUGUUGUCGCUCCGACGUCAACUUCAUCUACCAGGGCUUCCAGCGCGCGCCCAACCUGAGCCUGGACGGGUCGGCGUCGGUGCUGCGCGGCGGCGCGCUCCAGCUCACCAACGACAGCGAGCGCCUCGUCGGCCACGCCUUUUACGGCUCCCCCGUGGCCCUGGGCACGCUCGAUGACAGCCAGAGCGGUGGCGGUCUCGCUGUCUCCUCCUUCAGCACCGCCUUCGUCUUCGACAUCGUGACCGUCGGCACCGGCGGCGGCCACGGCCUCGCCUUCGUCGUGGCCCCGUCCAGGGCGCUCCCCGGCGCGUCGCCCGAGAUCUACCUCGGCGUCCUCGGACCGAACACCAAUGGAAAGGUCUCCAACCAUGUGUUUGCCGUCGAGUUCGACACGGUCACGGACCUGGGGAUGAAUGAGACCAAUGGCAACCACGUCGGCGUCGACGUCAACAGCCUCGUGUCUAAUGUGUCGGAGCAGGCCGCGUACUACACCACCGGCGCCGACGGGGAGGACAUGAAGGUGCCCGUGAAGCUGGAGAGCGCACAGCAGAUCCAGGCGUGGAUAGACUACGACGGCGGUAGCAGUCUGCUCAACGUGACCGUCGCCCCAGUGUCCGUGACUGGCCGGCCGCAGCGGCCGCUCAUAUCAACAAAGAUUGAUCUCCGAUCGGUCUUCAAGGAGAACAUGUACGUCGGCUUCUCCUCGGCGACGGGGAAGCUCGCGAGCUCGCACUACAUCCUGGCAUGGAGUUUCCGGACCAAUGGGCUCGCCCAGCCCAUCGAUCUCCGGCGGCUGCCAAAGGUCCCCAGGCAGAGAACGCCGGCUCCCAAGGUCCUCAUCAUCAAAUUCGCCGCGGUGGCUUGUGCGGGAACGAUCACCUUGGUUGCCGCAGCGAUGGUUACUGUGCUCUGGCUCCGGCGUAGAGCGGCGCUCGCCGACAAACUGGAGGACUGGGAGCUAGAAGUAGAGCACCCCCAGAGGAUUCCAUACAUAGAGCUCUACAAGGCGGCCAGGGGGUUCAAGGAGAGCGGGUUUUUUGGCUCGGGUGGAUUCGGCCACGUGUACAAAGGCGUGCUCGGACGUCGUCGGUCCGGGUCCGGGUCCGGGCCCGGCGACGAGGUGGCCAUCAAGCGGAUUUCCAGCGGCACCAAGCAAGGGAUGAGGGAGUUCGUCGCGGAGGUCUCGAGCCUGGGGCGGAUGCGCCACCGCAACCUGGUGGAGCUGCGCGGGUGGUGCAAGCACGACCAGGACCUGCUCCUCGUCUACGAGUUCAUGCCCAACGGCAGCCUCGACGCGCACCUGUUCGGCGUGCUGAAAGUGCUCACGUGGGCUCAGCGGUUCGGCGUCAUCCGGGGCGUGGCGCGCGGCCUGUUGUACCUGCACGAGGAGUGGGAGCACGUGGUGGUGCACCGCGACGUGAAGGCCAACAACGUGCUGCUCGGCGCCGACAUGGGCGCGCGGCUGGGCGACUUCGGCCUGGCGCGCCUCUACGAGCACGGCGCGGCCCCGGGCACGACGCGCGUGGCCGGCACCCUGGGGUACAUGGCCCCCGAGCUCACCGUCACCAGCCGCGCCACCACGGCCACCGACGUCUUCUCCUUCGGCGCGCUGCUCCUCGAGGCCGCGUGCGGCCGCCGGCCCGUCGAGCGGGGCGAGGCGGCGGACGUGAUCUUGGUGCGCUGGGUCCGGGACUGCGGGCUAGACGGCGACCUGCUGCGGGCCGUGGACCCGAGGCUGGACGGGUGCUACGACGCCGCGGAGGCGAAGCUGGUGCUGUGGCUGGGCAUGGUGUGUAGCCUGGGACGGCCUGAGGCCAGGCCCAGCAUGAGGCAGGUCUGCCAGUUUCUCAACGGCGAGAAGGUGCUGCCGGAGGACUCGGCGCUCGUGUUCUCGGAUCCCGACUCCUCCGUGUUCCUUGGGCCCGUGCUCUCCGCCAUGACCUUGCCCUCCUCCUGUGGCACCAUGUCGUUCGGCUCCCUGCAUGGCGGUCGGUGA